AAGUUUAGAACGUUUAGAAUUUGCUCUCUAAUCCACACAGUCAACACGUUCGAAAGAGAAGUAACCAACAUGGCAACGUACGCCGAGAAGCUCGCUCCGCAUCUCGCCCGAAUCCGAAUUCCUGGACACGCGGACAAAGUGUAUAAAGAUGAGUGCGUCUUCUCAUUCGACACGCCAGAAUCUGAAGGAGGCCUCUAUGUGUGCCUGAAUACUUUUCUUGGAUUUUCCAAGAAGUUUGUCGAGAGGCGUUACGCAAAAACUGGGAACGCUGUCUACCUUCACCUGAAAACCGUGAAAAAGGAGGUGGCGGAUGACACGCCGGCUGCCAAGAGGGCUGCGCCUCCUACGAAGCUGGCGAUCGGUGUGGAAGGGGGUUUUCCUCUUGACCAGGGCAAGAAGUACGAAUAUGAACAUCACAACUCUCUUGUCAUUUUUCCAAACUUUGACUCUGUUCCUCUACCAAACACACAACUCCCCGAAGUGGUGCAGCAUUCCGUGACGGCUGUUCUCGCGGCCGACUCUGCCAGUGUAGUUAAUGAGUUGGAAGCUUUAGCUGGAACAUGGGAUGGAGAGAAGAGGGUGCCAUCAAAACACAGUGACACAUUGGUGCAGUUGGACAAUGGCGUGAAAGUGGCACCAACGGGCUGGAAGUGUGAAAAGUGUGACCUCACAGAGAACCUGUGGCUGAACCUAACAGACGGUGCCAUUCUUUGUGGCCGAAAGCAUUUUGAGGGCACUGGCGGCAACAACCAUGCGCUGGAACACUUUAAAAAUACUGGCUACCCACUUGCAGUAAAGCUUGGAACUAUCACGCCAGAGGGUGCUGAUGUGCACUCUUACGAUGAGGAUGAUAUGGUCAUCGAUACCAACCUCACCAAGCACCUUGAGCACUUUGGCAUAGAGAUUGCCAAGAUGAGAAAGACGGAAAAGACUAUGCUGGAGCUGGAGAUGGACCUGAACCAACGACAGGGCGAGUGGGCGAUGAUCCAGGAGGCUGGCAGCAAGCUGACACCGCUGUUCGGUCCGGGCUACACUGGCCUGGCCAACUUGGGAAACUCUUGCUACUUGAACUCUGUCAUUCAGGUUGUACUGAGCAUCCCGGAGUUCCAGCGCAAGUACUAUGAGGAUGCAAAUCGGACAUUCGACACUGCCUCUUCGGACCCUGCUGAGAAUUUUACAGUUCAAAUGACAAAGCUGGCAGUUGGUAUUCUCUCGGGUGACUACUCUAAGCCGCCUUGUGAGGGCACCGACCAGUCUGAGCCAAAGGAACAGGAAGGUAUCAAGCCACUCAUGUUCAAGACCUUGGUUGGCAGAAACCACCCGGAGUUCUCAACUAAGCGACAGCAGGAUGCACAGGAAUUCUUCUCGUACUACCUUGAGCUUGUUGAAAGGAACUGCCGAAAUGAGAUGAAUCCUGCAGACUGUCUUAAGUUCGAGGUGGAAGAGCGCAUCCAGUGCACAGAAUCAGGAAAGGUGCGCUACACUAAGCGCACAGACUGGCUGCUCCCACUGCCGGUGCCACUUGAGUCUGCCACCAAUAAGCAGGAAGUGGAUGCCUAUGAAAGUGAGAAGGAAGAGCGCCUAAAAAAUGGUGCGAAAAAAGAUACUGAACCUGUUAGGUCAAAGAUUCCGCUCUCUGCUUGCCUGGAUGCUUUUGCUAGCGCUGACUUGAUCAGUGAUUUCUUCAGCACAGCUGUCAACAAGAAAGUGACUGCCGAAAAGACCACAAGACUGCGCACAUUCCCCGAUUACCUUAUGAUACAGCUGAAGAAGUUUGCCCUUGGUCAAAAUUGGAUUCCAAAGAAGUUAGAUGUUGAGAUGCUAAUGCCUCAUCAGCUAGACCUGUCUUUCUUGCGGGGAAACGGUGUUCAGCCUGGAGAAGAGUUGUUGCCUGAGCCUAAGCAGACAAAUGAAGGCUCCACGCAGACUUUGGAACUGGACGAAGCCUUGGUAGCUGCACUUGCUGACAUGGGCUUUCCAUUGGAGGCAUGCAAGAAGGCCGUGUUCUUCACGCAGAACUCUGGCAUUGAAGCUGCCACAGAUUGGGCCAUGGAACACUUGGACGAUCCUGACUUCGGCGAUCCUUUUGUGCAACCUGGUGCAUUUCAGGCAAAUGCAGAAGCACUGGCCACAAUUGUGUCGAUGGGUUUCUCGAAAGAUCAGGCACUGAAGGCUCUCAAGGCUACGGAUAACAAUCUCGAAAGGGCCAUUGACUGGAUCUUCAGCAGAGCCGAUGAACUUCAGGCAGAAAGUCAAGAUGUUGCCAUGGACACAGAAAGUGCUGGCCCUCACAUCAAAGAUGGCCCUGGAAAUUAUGAGCUGGUGGCAUUCAUUAGCCACAUGGGUGAGUCUACCAUGGUGGGCCACUAUGUCUGCCACAUCUUCAAGGAUGGCCGUUGGGUCAUCUUCAAUGACAACAAAGUGGCCCUGUCCGAGAACCCGCCCAAGGAAUUUGGCUACUUGUACCUGUACCGGCGGGUGCCUGACUCAUGACUAGAUGGACCGUCACCAAAGCGAGCCAGAGUCGAGGACACUGCUGCAGCAUCUGUGGCAGCAUCGAGCAAUGUUAUUUGAGUUGCAGGCCUGCCGCACUGCCUGUCAUUGGAAGCAAUGGACUUGACAAGUGAAUCGAAAAUGUGUUUGUGUUUAUUACGGUUUGAUUUCACGCUGCUUUACUUUUGUGCAUUUCUUUCUUUCCGUGUUGUUUUGAGACCAUGUUUUCUACAUGGUUGAAUGUUGUAGAUUUGCCUCAUAAAAUAAACAAAAAGCUUUCUUGAAUAUUGUCAUAGAUGUCUGAGGACAUCCAUCCAAGUGAAAUAAUGAUUGUUGCAUGAUGCUUUGUGUUCCAUCAGGGAUGAUUUUCUUUUGUAAUGAUGAUGUUGAAGAAACUUUGGUUUUGUUGCAGUGACAUGUGCAGAGUGCUUUUUUUUUCUUGCUAACUGUGUGAUGAGCAUUUGGUUAUGAAGUCUACUUUUCAGCAACUUUGUGUUAAGACACUUACAGAGAGAAUGUAGCAGUGUUUAGACAUCGAAAAGCUUAUGGUAUUGUGUGCAGUAUGUGGCUAAAGAGCUGCUUGUGCCUUUAAAAAAUCUAGUUCUGAUGAAGAAACAAGCAGGUGUAAAUUAAGUAAGAGAAAUUGUUGCACUUCGAACAACACUUGUUUAUGACAUUAAAUGAUGUGCCCUCACUUUUCUACACUUGUACAUACACUAGUGUGUGGCCAUUUUUAUUGUUGGUUUCAUAUAUUCAUUGUUUGUUUACAUUCAAGCAUUGACCACAGAUUUUCAUGGUGUUGAAUUUUUCCAUGGUCACCAAUGAGGCAUACACUAUUACUUUAUAGAUCUGCUGCAACAUCCGAGAUCAUGUAAGGUAGACUGCCAUUUGAAUAAACCAAAGUUUGCACACUUC